UGCAUAUAUGUACAUUAUUUUGAUUUAUUUUGGGUUUUUUAAUGGAUGAUUUAAUACGUCAACGGUUAAACUCACAUUCCCACAAUGCACCCAAAGCUGGUAAAUCGCGCCUGCGCAGUGUGUACUUUCUCUUUGGAUCUACGUCUCCGCUGAAACGAUGGCCAAGCGCACCAAGAAGGUGGGGAUCGUUGGUAAAUAUGGCACGCGUUAUGGCGCAUCGCUGAGGAAGAUGGUGAAGAAAAUAGAAAUCUCCCAGCACGCUAAAUACACCUGCUCUUUCUGUGGGAAGACCAAGAUGAAGAGGAGGGCUGUGGGCAUCUGGCACUGUGGGUCCUGCAUGAAGACCGUGGCUGGAGGAGCCUGGACUUACAACACAACAUCUGCCGUCACAGUCAAGUCUGCCAUCAGGAGACUGAAGGAGUUGAAGGACCAGUAAACUUGUGAGAUAAUCACUGGAGGUUUUGGGACUUAGUUUUCAUAAAUGAACCAACCUGGACAUGGCCUCAACAUCCAACAAUAAAGCUGUCUGGAGUGGAA